CACUGUCUGCUCCCUGCACCUCUUCACAUCAGAGAGGAAAGCCCACCAUCACCUCCUUCUGAGCAUUAAUCCAGUGCUGCUGAAGCAGACUAAGGAAAAAAGGAAGAUGAUUUCCAUCACUUGCCUGGCAUUGCUCUACCUGAGCCUUGCCAACAUCGCAUAUACAGCAGAGGGUCGCAUGCAGAUCUUUGCCAGUCCAGGCGACAACGUCACCAUGCCUUGUCACCUGAAACCUUCCUCCAGCUUCUCUUUUAAUGGAAACAGAGUUAAAUGGACCAAGAUUGAGGGUGACGACGACAUUGACAUCUUGCUUUCUAUGGGGUCCCACAACAUUAAAUACGGAAAGUACGAGAAUCGUGCUCACCUGAAAAAUAUUCAUGAAAAUGACGCCACCUUGGUUAUAUAUAACGUGGACCUGGACGACUUUGGCAUCUACAAGUGUGAGAUCAUAAACGGCAUGGACGACUUGAUUGUGGAGUUGGAGCUUCGGAUGAUUGGUGUCGUCUUCCCGUACUCGCCACGCCUGGGCCAUUACAACAUGAACUUUCACGACGCCGAGGCGGCGUGCUCGGAGCAGGAAGCUGUGGUCGCCUCGUCCGAGCAGCUCCACCAGGCCUGGAAAGGAGGGCUUGAUUGGUGCCACGCCGGAUGGCUGAGCGAUGGGACCGUGCAGUACCCCAUCACCAAACCCAGAGAGCCGUGCGGAGGGGCUAACACUCAAGCCGGGCUCAGGAACUACGGCCGGCGCGACAAGUCCAACAGCCGCUUCGACGUCUUCUGCUUCACAGCUGGGUUGAAUGGGAAUAUCACCUUUGUGAACGAGAAGCUGACCUUCCCCGAGGCUGAGCAGGCCUGCCAGAACGAAGGAGCCGAGCUAGCAAAGGUGGGCCAAAUGUUCGCAGCCUGGAAGCUGAAAGGCUACGACCGCUGUGACGCCGGCUGGCUGGCCGACGGUAGCGUCAGGUACCCCAUCUCCAAGCCGAGGAUGAAGUGUAGCCCGGAGUCGGGUGUCCACUUCGUCGGAUUCCCCGAGAAGAAGCACAAGCUCUACGGUGCCUACUGCUACAAAGCCUAGCCAGGAUAUACCACAUCUGAUCGAAGGCUCUCAUGCCGACCAAAGCCAAAAAAGAUGGAACACACGAGCAAAGUUAGUUAUCGUGAGCUAGCGUUAAAACUGUGAUUGCACGUUUCGAAUGAAAUA